AUGUAUCGUACAAAAAUACAAAACAAAAUGGGGAAGCCAACGACCCAAAACAAUAGCUCUAUAAACCACUUCAGCCAUCCACACCGCCUUCAAUUAAUCCCAACGACGUCUUCACCACCGUGCUCCGCCUGUAAACUCGCCGGAGGCAGUGACCGGGUUUACUCAUGUAGGCCAUGCAACUUCUAUCUCCAUGAGUCGUGCAGCAAGAUGAAUCAGGUAAUAACACAUCCUUCUCACCCUUCUCAUAUGCUUACACUUCUGGUGGCUCCGGUUUACGAUGGUGGAUACUUCAAUUGCGACGGUUGUGGCGUCAUGGGGACUGGUUUUAGCUACCAAUGUUCUGCUUGCGACUUUGAUAUCCACGCGCUUUGCGCUUACAAGCCACUCUCGAUCAUCCACAUGUCUCAUCCGCAACACAGCCUUAAGCUCGCGUUUCACUCUCCCUAUGGAGCCAAUAAAGGUUUUUCUUGCGAUAUCUGCCUUAAGAUCGGAAAGAACCAGUGGCUUUAUCGAUGCGUCCCUUGCGAAUUCGAUGCUCAUGUCGGUUGUGUCACUGCUCAUCAGCCUCACCUCCUUCAACAUAGUACUUCUGCAGCUACUCCACAUGCUCAUCAUGGUCACACUCAGCACCAAAACUCUCUUCCCAUGCCUAAUCAAGGCAUUAACAGGCCAGGACCAAGGCAAGGCAUUAACAGGCCAGGCCCAAGGACCAUGACGAGACCCAAUGGACCCAUCAAUAGUCCUAAUAGGCCUAGUGGGUCCAUCGGUAAUCGCAAUAGGCCUGUAGCUCAAAACGCUGCUGCCUAUGGACCAAGAAGACAGAACAACAACUUGGGUUAUAAUGCUCAGGCUGGGGCUAUAGGGCCUAAUGAAUUUCUUGGUCAAGGACAAAGUUUUGGUCAAGGGUCAAUGGAUGGGAGUGUGUACGAUGUUCGUAAGAACAAAGGGUCAGGUGGUAGUAGCAAAAAACCUGCUAAUCCGAAUGCUAGGUCGAAGAAUAUGGGUCUUAAUGGGCCACGAGGUGUGCUUCAAGGGUCCAAGAUUCCAAUCCAAAGUCCUAGAGAACCUCAAACUAGAAGGGUGCAGAAUGUACGUAAUAAUCCAAUAAGAACAGGCGGGUCUGCUGGUGAAAACGAUUUGGAAAGCUAUAGUGAUAUCACUGGAGGAAAUGAGUCUAUGUAUUGUGGGGAUGAAUCUUACGGGACCAUGGAUGAUUCACAAUAUAGUGGUUUAAAUGAUAAGCCCAAUAACCACUAUAUACCAGUUGGUGGACCGGUAAUGAAUGACCAGAACCAGAUUAGUCAGUCCGGUAGGCCGAGGAACAUGGAAAGGUAUGGGCGUGGUGGUACUACAAAUAUGAACAGAUAUGUAAACAUGAACCAAGGUGCAAAUAGUACACAACUUAGAGCUAUGGGUCGAACGGUCCAAUAUAGGCGUAAUAGAGGAGGACCUAAUGGAACGUAUGGAGGUCCCAAUGGACCUAAUGGGCCUAACGGAAACACAAUGAUGAAUACAAUGGUGCAGGGUUUGUGUCAAGGCUUUGCAAUGAACAUGCUCAUCGGUGGUAUCGGUGGUGGCGGUGAUGUUAAUGGUGGAGCGGGUGACGGUGGUGGAUCAUCAAUUAUUGGAGGCUUGUUUGGUGGUGAAUCAGAAUUUUGA